UGUUUACAUUGCCUGUGUUUUGUUGCUAUGGCCCACAAUAUGCCGUGCACUCUUCAUCUUCCCCAGGCAUAGCUUCAGCAUUGAUACACACCAGGCGUUGACCUUCUUCUCACUGCUCUCAUCCUGUCUGGUCUUUUUUUUCUCGACUGAUGCUUUCGACUGCGUCGCGUCUUGAACAACCCAGGGGCGUAGCGCCUCGAUCAGCAGUAGCGUGGAACAGCCGCGCCUCGCACCUGGAUUAGUGACUGUUUACGACACCGUCUCGACUCUCGAGUUACCAACAUGGACGUCAAACCACAACGCCCGCUACGCAGCAUACGCGUGAAAAAUGACGAAAACCUUCCUCCUGACAGCCAUGUGGCCAAGACGAUCCACCACCGAAACAAAUCCUCUCCUGCGUUGACAACUAUGGCUGGAGAACAAGGAUUGAAGGCCGCACCCAAGCGCACAGCCUUCGGAGACGUUAGCAAUAUCGCAGGGGGAACGAGACCCAGCAAAGACGACUCCAGUUUGAAUGGCAAGCCGAGCCUGCAAGCUGCGGUUCGCGCAGCCCAACCACUACACGAGAGAAAAUCCAUGGGUCUCAUUCGACCCCAGAGACCUCGAUCAGUUUCCGCGUUGAAAAACAUCAUCACAGGGACGAAUAACAAUGUGACAGCGGAUCACCCUGGCAAUACCACAUCAGAGAAUGGUCAAGUGCAACCGCAGGCUGCUAUCACGAAGAAGACAUUGAGCAAGCGACAUACAACUGUCUUCAAAGACGUUCGAUUGACGGCUGUUCAGGAGGCGAAUUGCCCAAUCUUGGAUGCAACAAAUUCCGAUGGAUCCUUUGCACAGAUUCGUGGAGAGCAGGAGACUAAUGCAGAAGCAUCGAAGCUCAAUGGCAGUGGUCAAUUGGGUUUGACAGCACCUCGGUCGCACAUCGUCCCUGAACCGAUCAAGGACAACCACGAGCCGCGUACCGAGACGAGCUUGCCAAGUAUCGACGAGGUCAACCUAGGUCGUGGUCUGUCCAGCGAGUCAAACAAUGAAUCCAUCUUGAAGGAGACUGUUACUACCAUCUCAGACCCCUCUGCUUAUUUCGGAAGCCAGCAACAACAAAUUCCCGAUGUGUCCUCCAACUUCCAGCCAGCUCCGCUUGAGGCCAACGCCACAGCAGACAAGAAGCUCGAUGCACAAAAAAUGCCCGCUGCCAAGCUUGUAAACCCCGUUGAUGCCGUACCUCCUCUGAUCCCUCAUCAUCACACCUACCUUGCAAGACGAGUCGAGCACGAAGAAUACUGGGACGACGAAGAUGACGACAACUACGAAGAGGAGGACUACGUGACGGCUAGAUCAUUCCGAUCGCGAGGCGAAAACACCACCGGCGCAGCCACGGCUGUUCUCUUCCCCCAAAUGAAUCAGCGUGCCAGGAAGGAGAUUGCGGCUGCGAAACAAUUGGUCGAGGCCACUCGUUCUCCGGAGGAGGUCGAAGAUGAAUGCUAUGAUACGAGCAUGGUAGCAGAAUAUGGCGACGAAAUCUUCAAAUACAUGAAGCAGCUCGAGUUGAAGAUGCUCCCCAAUCCUCACUACAUGGAAAACCAGCACGAAAUCCAAUGGUCAAUGCGAUCGGUGUUGAUGGACUGGUUGGUGCAGGUACAUCUGCGGUUCAAUUUGCUUCCGGAGACGCUGUUCCUUUGCGUCAACUACAUUGAUCGAUUCCUCUCCUGCAAGGUGGUGUCGCUGGGAAAGCUGCAGCUGGUUGGUGCAACUGCCAUCUUCAUCGCGGCCAAGUAUGAGGAGAUCAACUGUCCUUCGGUUCAGGAGAUUGUCUACAUGGUUGAUGGCGGCUACAGCAUGGAUGAAAUACUCAAAGCCGAGCGUUUCAUGCUCACUAUGCUCCAAUUCGAACUUGGUUGGCCCGGCCCGAUGAGCUUUCUGCGCAGAAUUAGCAAGGCGGACGAUUACGACCUGGAAACUAGGACGCUCGCCAAGUACUUCCUUGAGGUGACCCUCAUGGAUGAACGCUUCAUCGGCAGUCCACCUAGCUUUACAGCUGCAGCAUCCCACUGCCUUGCGCGUCUGAUGCUUCGCAAGGGGACCUGGACACCACACCACGUUCACUAUUCCGGCUACACGUAUUCUCAGCUCAAACCCCUGGUUAGCCUCUUAUUGGAAUGCUGCGACGACCCGCGCAAGCACCACAACGCUGUGUUCAACAAAUACUCUGAUAAACGUUACAAGAGAGCAUCAGCUUUCGUCGAGACUGAGAUACACAGAGGAUUUCGUCUACCGGAUCAAGCUGCGAUGUUAUCCCUACCCCAGCCGCAACUCGCAACAUAUUAUGACGGACUUUCUUACUUCCGAGCAUAGCAUAGUGCAUUUCAAACCAAACGGAUCAACGGCAAGAACUGUUCGCAACGAGCGCCCGACAAGGUGUGCUCCGGCGUUGUGGAGACUGGAGGGCGGCACGUCCACUAGAGUUGGCGUGGACUCCUGUACGGUCACAUACCGGGAAUUUCGGAUAUUCUUGUCGGUGGUUCGCCUUUCAAAUUUUAUUUUAUGGUUUCUCCAUUCUUCUGCGAGGAACAUUCACGAGAAAGCACGACGUCAUGACUUACUGAUUGGCAUCAUUGCAUGGAAUGGGGGCGUAUGGAGCUGCGAACCAAGACUGCGUCGAAUUACAUCACUGGGAAUGGCGCUCCAAAGGGGCGGCGGAAGUGUCUGUUUCUAGGGGACUUUGGGGCCAGUCAUUAUGGGUUGGACCAGGGCAAUUCGGACAGCGGGAGUUAUGCGGCUGUUACGGGGCUGCACCGUGUGAUAAGUAGCCAUAAGGCUGGCAAGCAAUCGGAGCGUGCUGUGAGAGAUCAUUGCAAAUAAUAGGACUAACAAACACGAGAUCAAAAUCCCUCUCACAACACUAAUCAAUGGAAUGAGCUGUAUUUGAAUCUUCUCCAGGGCCCGGGCUUCCUGUCGGAUGAACUAGAAGAGCCAGGUGCCAUAUCACGUGGCACGGUACUCGCAAGGCUGGCAAGAAAGGGGGGCAAGGCUGAGUGAAAUGCUG